AUGACGGCGCCCAAGGGGGCCCUGGGGACGGGGGGGGAGGUCCCAGGGAGCCCGGGGACCAAUGCGUCCCUCAGCGGGGGGCUGAAGGCCAGCAGCAGACGCAAGGGGAGCCUGGAGACGGCCGUCACCCGCUGCUUGGAGCAGGGGAGGAGGAGGAAGGGGAGCCUGGAGACCACCAGGGAGGUCACGGGGAGCCUGGAGACCGAUGCUUCCUUCAGAGAAGGACUGAAGACCACCACGGGAGCCAAGGGGAACCUGGAGACCGCUGCCACCGGCCACUGGGAACAGGGGAGAAGGGGGAAAGGGGGCCUGGAGACCAGCAGCGAGCUUGAGGAGGGACUGGAGACCACCAGGGAGGCCAUGGGGAGCCUGGAGACCACCAGCGAGGCCACGGGGAGCCUGGAGACCACCGUCACCCGCUGCUUGGAGCAGGGGAGGAGGAGGAAUGAGGGCCUGGAGACCACCAGGGAGGUCACAGGGAGGCUGGAGGCCACCACUGACGCCACAGGGAGCCUGGAGACCACCGUCACCCGCUGCUUGGAGCAGGGGAGGAGGAGGAAGGGGGCCCUGGAGAUGGCGACCGAGGCCGAGGAGGGCUUGGAGACCACCGCCACCGCCUGCUCAGAGCAAAACCAAGGUGGGAAAAAGGUCCCAGAGCCCAAGGGGGGUCCGGCCCCCGGCGUACGGCAGAAGGACCACAGCCCGGAGGAGUGCGCGGUGAUUUCUCUGGGGGAGGAUGAGGAGGAAGAGGAGGAGGAGGAGGAGGAAGGCCCCGGGCGGUACCUGGCGGCUCUAGAGGCCGUGCAGCUGGAGCUGGAGGCCGUGGAGGAGCAGGCGGCUCGCGCCUUCCGCCGCCUCCGCGCCAAAUUCUGGCUCCGCCGGUGGCCGCACCUGCAGCGCCGCAACCGCCUCAUCCAGCACAUCCCCGGCUUCUGGGUCACCGCCUUCCUGAACCACCCCCAGCUCUCGGCCAUGAUCAGCGACCGCGACGAGGACGCCCUGAGCUACAUGACGA